UCUAUAAAUACCUAGUCGUUGAUCUGCUGAAGCCAUUAUCAGCAAAAUUGAGCUUAAGCUCUUCCUUUACUAGUUUCUAACUUUCUUUGAUCAAGGUAUCCGCUUCAUGACUUCCAUUACUCCUGAAAACAUGUUCUCCCUUUUCACUUUUGCAGCCACAGUUUCCCUUUUAUUCAACAGUUGUUACGGCUUCUACCCUAAGCUCCUUAACGCUUCAUUUGCAGCAUCUGAGUCUGAUUGGUCCCCAGCCGGAGCAACGUGGUAUGGCAGCCCCACAGGGGCUGGAAGUGAUGGUGGAGCUUGUGGAUAUGGGAGCAGUGUGGAGCAAGCCCCAUUUUCGGCAAUGAUAUCAGCUGGAGGCCCUUCUCUGUUCAAAUCUGGCAAAGGAUGUGGAGCCUGUUAUGAGGUAAAAUGCACGGCUAAUUCAGCCUGCUCGGGAAACCCUGUGACCGUAGUAAUCACUGAUGAAUGCCCUGGCUGUGUUUCAGAAUCUGUUCAUUUCGAUUUAAGUGGCACAGCUUUUGGUGCCAUGGCAAACUCUGGCCGGGCUGAACAACUCCGUAACGCUGGAGUCUUGCAGAUUCAAUAUAGAAAAGUUGAAUGUAACUAUCCUGGAACGACCAUUGCAUUUCACGUUGAUUCCGGCUCCAAUCCUAAUUAUUUCGCCACCCUGGUUGAAUAUGAAAAUGGAGAUGGUGACCUUUCUUCUGUUGAUCUUAAACAAGCGCUUGACUCUGACUACUGGCAACCCAUGCAACAAUCCUGGGGUGCAGUCUGGAAACUUGACGCUGGCUCGAGGUUGCAGGCUCCGUUCUCUAUCAGGCUAACUUCGCUCGAAUCUGGCAAGACCAUUGUGGCAGCUGGUGUUAUUCCUGCUGGUUGGGAGCCCGGGAAAACCUAUAGAUCAGUUGUUAAUUUUAAUGCCUAA